UUUCUCAUUCUCUCUGCAACCCCUGGCAAGGGGAAUGCUCUGUGAGGGCAGCAUAUGGACGUCUCACAUCUCUACUUUGUCCUCUGAGAGAAGAAUACUGGAUUAAUUUGUUUGGGAAAUUAUCUUGCUCUUCUUGCAAGUUUCAAUAUUGCACAGAAUGCAGAAAUUUGCAAUUGUACCGUGCAUCUCUUUGCAGACAGGGCUUAUUAGGGGCUGCCUUUCCGUGGUUUUACUCAUCACCCAGAGGUGGGUGUUCUGUCACACAAUGUCCUGCGGAUUGAAAAGGCACAGGGUCAGUUGCCCACCACUGGAAAGGAGGACCUCUCAGGGACAGACCCUCCAUGCAACCAGGCAGUGACCAGACAUCUUUGGGUACAAGAUGAGAUUUUCCCAUCAAAGGGUGAUUUUGGCACCACCCUUGAGAGCAAAGCCUUCCGGGGAGCAGGGAGUCGUCGGGGGGCGGUCGGGACGGCUCUGGUGUGGUGCUCGCAGUGAACUAAGCAGGAAGCACACAAUUUCCUCUGCUGUGGUAUUUCUUGAAGGUGUAUCGAGCCCCGGGCCCGGCGACGGCUGCAGCGGGACAGGCGCUGAGCUGCCCCUGCACAGCCCGAGCCUCCCGCUGCGCUCUGCCCUGCGCCGAGCCAGCCCCGCUACAGGGGCACGGCCUGACCGCACCCUCCGGAGAUGGCAGAUGGCAGGAGCCACCCCCAGCCUGGGGACCUGAUCGAGAUCUUCCGGCCCGUUUACCAGCACUGGGCUCUCUACGUCGGGGAUGGAUAUGUCAUCCAUGUGACUGAUGAAGGAGACUCAUCCGUUUUGGGUAGCAGCUCAUCAAUGUCCGCCACAAGGGCCAAAGUGAAGAAGGAGCUCCUGAAGAAGGUGGCCGGAAAUAACAAAUGGUGUGUCAACAACAAGUAUGAUCGCUCCCUCACUCCUCUCCCCGUGGAGGAGAUCAUCCGGCGUGCUGAGCAAUGGAUAGGCGUGGAGGUGCCCUAUAAUGUGCUUGGCAGCAACUGUGAGCACUUUGUGACAGGGCUGCGCUACAGAAACAGAGUCUCUGACCAGGCCACAAGUGGAAUUGUUCGCAGUUUUACAGCAGCAGUAGCAGGUGGUGUUAGUCUUGCCGUUCCUGUUGUUACUGCUACUGCUACUGCAGCAGUAGCAGUAGCAGUCAUUGUUGGUUUUGCUGGUGCUUUUGCUGAGAUAACAUUGUCCAAGGGCCUUUGAGGUCAUAGUACUAUUGAUGGGCCACAAGAAAGAGCUCAGAGCAAAGCAGGGGGAGCCCCUGGCUACAGCGAUCACUGGUCUGCUUUUGCUACAUUUGCCACCAAGGCUGACUAGCAACUCUGCCAUCCUUACUGUAAACAUUAAAUCAGCCUUAAUAAAGCAUCUGAAAUCCAAACUCAUGUUGCCCUAAACCCCUCUUUUAUCUAUUUGUGUAUUGCUUUGUUCACAAGUUUAACCAUUCAGCCUUGCUUUUCCCUGCCUUCUCAUGAAGACAUGAUAAAUCAGGAACAUCACUGUUAUGAUAGGCAGGACAUGUGCUGUGUCUUGAAACCUUAGCCAGCUUGUGCUGCCUAAAUGGAGCAGCUCCUGGGAGGUCGGGCAGUAGGAGGGAAGGGCAGGUCAUACAGGCUGUAUACUUCAGUGUUUGACAGGGUCAUUCUGAGUUUGGUGUGGUGGUGUUUUGCUCAGUUUUUACCUGCCUACAAAUUCUUCCUCUCCCUGGCUCUUCUGGCUCUCUUUGGCAGUAGCAGACCUCCGGUGUGGGGAAGUCUGACAGAAAAACCACAGCUGCCUUUUUCUCUGUCAGCUCUUCAUUCCACUCUAGCAUCAAAAUUUCCCACUUCAUCCCUGUAUGUGCAGUGAUUGCUGGCCUUGAAGCUGGACAAGCCUGAGAGACGAUUUUGAUGAUCCCUUCCAACUCUCAACCCAUUCUAGGAUUCUACUCUGUGAGCU